GAUCUAUCUUCCUCACACUUUCGAGGCGAAGCACAAUGAGCAUGAAGCCAGCGGUCGUGAUCGAUAAUGGCACGGGGUUCACCAAGAUGGGCUACGCCGGCAACGCUGAGCCGAGCUACAUCAUCCCGUCGACGAUUGCGGUCCAGGCCAACACGACGUCGAGCCGCGUCGGCCAGAGCCAAGGCAUUGACGACCUUGACUUCCACAUUGGCAACCAAGCCUUCGAGAACGCAUCGACGCACCAGCUCAACUACCCGAUCAAGCAGGGUAUCAUCGACAACUGGGACAACAUGGAGAAGAUGUGGCAGCGCUGCUUGUUCCAGCACCUUCGCUGCGAGCCCGAAGAGCACUACAUGCUUUUGACGGAGCCGCCACUUAACCCGCCCGAGAACCGCGAGGCGACGGCCGAAAUCAUGUUUGAGACGUUCAACGUGCCCGGCUUGUACAUCGCGGUUCAGGCCGUCCUCGCCCUGUACGCAUCGUGGCCCAAGAUCAAGGAUCCCUCGAUGCGCUCGUUGACGGGCACAGUCAUCGAUUCGGGCGACGGUGUCACGCACGUCAUCCCUGUCGCGGACGGCUACGUCAUUGGCAGCUGCAUCAGCCACGUGCCCCUUGCAGGUCGCGACAUUACGUCGUUCAUUCAGCGCAUGAUGCGCGACCGUGGCGAGCCUGUGCCGCCGGAGGAGUCGCUCGAGGUCGCGCGCAAGGUCAAGGAGAUGCACAGCUACGUGUGCCCGGACAUUGUCAAGGAGUUCAAGAAAUACGACGCCAACCCGGCCAAGUACGUCGUGCCAUACGCUGACGUGCACCCGCGCACGAAGCAGCCGUGGUCCAUCGACGUGGGCUACGAGCGCUUCCUUGCGCCUGAGAUCUUUUUCAACCCCGAGAUCUUCUCGUCGGACUUUACCGUGCCGCUGCCCAAUGUCGUCGACGAAGCGAUCCUCAAGUGCCCGAUCGAUUGCCGUCGUGGGCUCUACAAGAACAUUGUGCUCAGCGGCGGCUCGACCAUGUUCAAAGACUUUGGCCGCCGGCUCCAGCGCGACAUCAAGCGCCUUGCCGACGACCGCCAGCAAGCCAACCUCGCGCGCCACUCCAAGUACGCCAAGCAGUCGGCCGAGGAGCUCGAGGUCAACGUCAUCUCGCACCGCAUGCAGCGCUUCGCGGUCUGGUUUGGCGGCUCCAUGGUGGCCUCGACGCCCGAGUUCCACCGUGUGUGCCACACCAAGGCCCAGUACGAAGAAGAGGGCCCUCGGAUCGCGCGUCACAACCCGGUGUUUGCCGCGACCAUGUAAGUGGACGCUGUCCGACACUUGAAUACGACUGCGCUUUCUGUCCUCUC